ACAGAGAACAAAACGUAGUCGACGCCAUCGGCGGUCGGCCGUUCAAUAACGUAUUACGUUUCGUGUUUGUUUAUACGUGAACAGCACAGACUUUGAUAGCACAAUUUUGACGUAAUUUAGCACUUUGAUCGUUUGCGGUUAGUUGCAGAUGUCAUGUAGUUGUAAGAUAUUAUGGUCAUGCACUUGACUUGAGUUAGUACUUGAAGUUCCGAGUGCUUAAUGGCUGACUGUGUUUUCUGUUGUCAAAGGUUGCAUAAUAUUGUGGCUUCUGGGAGGAAAAGGUAGCCUAAAGUCUACACAAGUCUUACUCAAGACUGCACCAAGCGAAGGCUACGCUCGCCGCAGAAGAACGAAUUUAAAGGAAAAAUUGAGUUAAAUCUUAUAACUGUCGGACAAAACUGAGAAUGACGAGCUGAUCUGCUUGGCGCUUAAAAGGGACAGUCCAAAGACGCCGCAAAAUUAACCUUUUUAGCGUACGCGAGAUAUUCCGGCCAUCGUGAGUGAAUUUCAAAUUUCGCAUGACUCUUCAUAUCUAUCGUAAAGCACUGAGUUUCGCUGACUUGGGAUUUAAAUCACGGAUCAAUGGAAAACUCCACAAAUGUUACGCAAAGAGCUCCUGCUGAUGCUCUUCAGAUCGAGCCAAGCUGGGUUUAUACUGGAGUUGGAAUAUAUUCUGCUCUCGUAAUCCUCAUUGUUGCGGGGAAUUUGUUGAUCAUCAUCGCCUUCCUUACCACCCCCAAGCUUAAAACGAAAACCAACUACUUCAUAUUCUCUCUAGCUGUGGCGGAUCUUUUGGUUGGGUUAUUUUCUGUUCCCCUAUGGAUAUAUUUCAUUGUCACGUUUGACUUCAAGAACGAUUUGUAUAAGUAUUACCAAUUGGGUGACAUUGUAUCGGGUGUGUCGUCUAUUCUGCACUUGACGUGUAUUAGUAUAGAGCGGUGUUAUGCUAUAGUUGCACCCUUAAAACACAGGAAGAUCAGUAAAGCUAAAAUUUUCGCCGGUAUCGUGCUUUCAUGGCUGCUUGCCAUUUUCAACGCCUUAUUGAGAAAGCUUUCCGGCUGGAAAGAUGUCGCCAUAUUCAACACGUUUACUUUCUUCUUCGUUCCGUCGCUGUUGAUAGUUGCUGCUUACAUAGCUAUCUUCUUUGUGGCCAAAAGGAGCUUGAAAGAACAUAGUAGACGUUCCCUAAAGAAGGACCUUCAUGUUGCCUAUACUGUUGCCUUAGUAACCGGCGUUUUUGCCAUCUGCUGGCUUCCAUUUUUUUCGGCGAUCUUGAUCUACAAAUGGUGCGCUGCUUGCACAUUCGUAUGGGACAUGCGCGUCCUGAUGGCAGUGAAAGUACUGCACUUUGGUAACUCUGCUAUGAACCCCAUCAUCUACUCGGUCAGAAAUCGGAGGUUUAACAAAGCUUUCAAAGGGCUUUUGCUGCGUUUGGUCUGUCGUAGACUGGAUACAUCCUACGCCGGCAUGAACAACUCCACUCAGGCGACUCAGCGCACCCGUCUGACUAUGACAAUGAUGGAUAAAUCUGUGAAGCUUUCUCCCCAAAACAGGAGUCAUUCAGAUGACACUUGCACGACUAAACUUACCUAACCUCAGCCACUGGAAAGUAUCUUCUGGGAAACAACUGAGAGAGAAAAAACAUAGUUAUCUGUGGCGUUACAUUGUUCCUCAGACGAUUUCAGAAUUAGAGGAACACAAGUAAAACAUUCAGACAACACGAGGACAGAUUAUGUCUCACAUACUUGUUUAACGCUCCUUGGAGAAUCACUGCAUCCAGAAGUUCUAGUCGUGUUUGUCCUGAGGAGAAAGUUAUUCAAUAUGUAUUGAAAAAUUGCUUCAUCUUCUGAAUAUCUUUCUUUGUUGUCUUGGCAAUGUUGAAAUAUAUUAUUGGCGUUUUAUGUGGUUAAAGAGGAACAUGACAUCUUUUCGUUUUUGGUUGUUCGGUAUGCCCCACCCAGUCUUCAAGGUUCUGUGUUGUGCUUAGUGGGCUCAGCUAAACCUCCCUUUAUCAAAAAGUAUGUUUUGUAAAACGCUUUUCAAGGAUGAUCUGAUGUAUAAUGUUCUAUUGUCGUCACGGCUUUUUUUUCUUGGUCUAGGUUUGUUUGGGCGCUGCCCUUUCUCUCGUAUAAAGAGAGGAUAACUGAAACAGAGUUCUACUUGAAAUUUGUACAUAGAACUAUUAAAGGGUGGAACAAGU